AUGCGCACCGGUCGUCUCUUGCUCGCCGGCGCAGGCCUUGCCGCCGCCCAGUUCCCGUUUAAGCCCGAUGGUUUGACCGUCCUCCGUUCCAAGUUUCACGAGAACGUGACCAUUUCAUUCAAGGAGCCCGGCAUCUGCGAGACGACGGUGGGCGUCAAGUCAUACGCUGGUCACGUCCAUCUGCCGCCGGGCUUCCUCGAUGACGUCCGUGGCGAGCCUCAGAAUUACCCGGUCAACACCUUCUUCUGGUUCUUCGAGGCGAGAGAGGAUCCAGCCAACGCGCCCCUCGCCAUCUGGCUCAAUGGCGGCCCUGGUGCCUCGUCCCUCAUGGGCCUCUUGCAGGAGAACGGUCCCUGCUUCGUCGAUGCCGACUCGGAGUCGACGAUUCCAAACCCGUGGAGUUGGAACAGACACGUCAACAUGCUCUACGUCGACGAGCCCAACCAGGUCGGCCUCUCGUACAACACGCCCACCAACGUUACCGUCCUGCUCAGCGACAAAGGCAGCCGGGUGGUGCCGACAGACUUUGGCGGCGGCAGCCCGUCGACGCUGAACCUCACGACCCGAGCCGGCACCGUCUCGAGCCAGAACCCAUCCAACACGGUCAACAGCACGGCCCAGGCGGCGCACGCCUUGUGGCACUUUGCCCAGACUUUCUUCUUCGAGUUCCCUCACUACAAGCCCAACGACGACCGUGUGAGCCUCUGGGCCGAGAGCUACGGCGGCCACUACGGCCCCGGCUUCUUUCGCUUCUUCCAGCAGCAGAACGAGCGUAUCCGCAACGGCACCAUCGAGGCGAAGGGUGCACACCCGAUCCAUCUCGAUACCCUCGGCAUCGUCAACGGGAUGAUCGACGCCGUCAUUCAGGAGGAGGCCUACAUCAGCUUCCCUUUCAAUAACACAUAUGACAUCCAGGUCUUUGAUCGGUCCACCUACGACGAGCUGAUGCACAACUUCACCCGCCCUGGUGGCUGUCGGGAACAGCUCACGGCCUGUCAGGAGAAGCUCGCCGGCUUCGACGCGGCGACCAUCAAUGGCAUGGCGGCGGAUCAAAGGCCCGACGUGUGCAAGAUCGCGCCCUGGUGCGACAUGCCGGCCAUUCGAGCCUACCUAGAAAAACGUGAGGCCGGUUGGUUCGACAUCGGCCAUCCCCUGAACGACCCCUUUCCGCCUCCUCACAUUUACGGCUACAUGACCCAGUCGUCCGUCCUCUCGGCUCUUGGCUCGCCCGUCAACUUCAGUGCCGUAUCCGAAAUCGUAGGCGCCAACUUUGCCAGCACUCGCGACGAGGUUCACGGCGGCUUCCUCGACGCCAUAGCCUACCUGCUCGACACCGGCGUCAAGGUCCACCUCCUCUACGGCGACCGGGACUACGCCUGCAACUGGGUCGGCGGCGAGCGCGCCUCCCUUGCCGUUCCCUUCUCCGCCAUCGACCAGUUCCGCAUCGCCGGCUACGCACCUCUGGUCACCGCCGAAGGUGUCGCCGGCAUGACCCGCCAGUGGGGCAACUACAGCUUCACCCGCGUCUUCCAGGCCGGCCACGAGGUACCCUCCUAUCAGCCGUCGGCGGCCUACGAAAUCUUCAUGCGCGCCACCUUCAACCGUGACAUCCCGACGGGCCUCAUCCCGGUCCAGGACGGCCUGUCGACCAUCGGCCCGCUAGACACCUGGCACAUCAAGAACAGCAAGCCUAUAUCGCCGAAGCCCAAGUGUUACAUCCUCGCGCCCGAGACGUGCACUCCCGAAGUGUGGAGCAUGGUCGAGGCCGGCGAGGUAGACGUCAAGGACUUCUUCGUCCAGGAUGGCCAGGGCAUGGCCGGGGACGAGGAACUGUAA